AUGAAAGAACGCUUAUAUAUAUACAAUUUUGAUAAGUCUUUAUCAACACUACCUUCUGUUGCAUUUUAUAAAUUAGUUGAAUCAUCAAAUGAAACUUGUCAUAUUGAAAAUGAGACAGAAUUGCGUCAUGUAUUAACAGUACACAAUAAAAUUCAGCCUAUCAUAGAAGAAAUUUUAAAAUCUAUAUGUUACAUACGUAAUCAUUACACAUUGGUACCUAAUCAAAAAGAUUUGUGUGAUUAUUUUUACUAUUGGUUAGGAAAUAAGAUACAUAAUAUGUUAAAAAACGAUGGUAACUUCAAUGGAAUUAUUGAUGCAUGCUACACGGGACUAUCUAUUAAUGGAGGACCUCGUGUAUGUAAUAAACCUCUUAAUUAUGUUGAUAUUAAAGAUUUUAUACAAAUGAAAAUAAUUCACGAUUAUAAUAUGGACCGUGAAGUUAUUGAACAAUAUCUUAGUAAUACAGAAAGCUCGUGUUUCCCUGAGAUUAAAAGAUAUCUCGAAAAGGUUGAUGAAUUUUAUAAUGGCAUUUAUAGGGCAUGUUUUACGAAUGAAAAAGCACAAUAUUGUGAUAUAUAUAAAAAAUUAUUCCCUGAAGAUAAAAAUGGGAGUAAUAAAUUGAGUCCAAUAAAAUGUAAAGAACUUAAGGAAUAUUACAUAUCUCAACUCAAUGUUAAAUUAGACACUCAUGUGUCCAAAAAAAUUUUAGAGCCUCCUACACAAGAGAAUUCGUUACAAACUGUUCUUGAAAGUACGAGUACAUCAUUUAAAUAUAUGAUGGAUUUUGCCAUUCCUUUUGUGGGCAUAUCAAUUUUGUUAUCUGUUUUAUAUAAGUUUACUCCAAUUGGAGUAAUGCUGCAAAAUUUUUUUAAAAACAGUGGAAUAUUAACGAAAAGAACAAAUGAUUAUAAGAAUGAAAUAUCAUCAGAACAUUAUUUAGAACCUUAUGAAUGUAAUUCUCAUACAAACUCGUUUAAAGUAACUUAUCGUCCCACAUAA